UCACCCCCUCUAAAACACACACACACUCUCUCUUUCUCUUUCUCUGUCUCUCAUCUCUCUCUCUCUUAUCUCCAUCAUUCUCUCUCUCCGUACCAGUCGACCCUAAUUUUUUCUUCACCUUCUUCUUCUUCUUGCCUGCUUCAGCCAUGACCUACAGCCUGAGCCCCGUCUUGCCAUUUUCAAACAGCCAUGACUUGCAGAUACCAUAGUAUAUGGAAAAUGAGUCGAAGUCGAAGGUGUCGUAGCAAGUUCGGGCCAUCUAGCCGUACCGAAUGAGCUUGAAACGUAGGAGUGUGUUCUCUGUAUUUGAAGCUCGAUGGUAAUGGUGAUGUUACCUUGCAAAUAUGAUCAGCGACGAGUUUUUAUGAUAACUACGAAGCUUGAGACUUCUGGGCUGGAAAUGAAAUUGGGUAAGAAGCUUGAGACAGGUUGACUAAGACUUUUUGGUCUGUUGGGAAGAAGAGGGCUGGGGUAGUUCGUCCAGAUCCAAAUCUAGUUUUUUUUAUUAAUUAUCAAAUGUUUUAGAGUUUGAAUGUUUUUGAAUGUGAGAUUGCAUUUGAAUUUGAUGUUCUUGGAAAAUUAAAGGUUGAAUAUUGGUUGAUUUUAUUGUUUAAAUUUUGAUAUUUGCACGUUGUUAUUCUAGUGUUCAGACUUUGAUAUUUGUAAUCAUUUUUAUUUGAAGAAGAAGAAGACGAGGAAAAUGAUGAGAGAUUUAGGGGCGAAGCUCUCUCUCUCCUCACAGCUGCUGUCGCCACCUUCUUCUCCAUCGCCAGCCACGAUGUCACCCAAACGUAUCCCACCGCUUGAGAUCCCUAUAGAGGAUCAUUAUGUCGGUCGUAUGACCUAUAGGGGUUCCGGGAGGUUAACAAAAUUGAAGAAAAGAUUUGAGGAGCAUGGAUUGUUGGGGAGGGUGAAUGAGUCUGUUUUUGGACCAUUCUUCACAGCCCCUGCCUUUUCGUUCUCUGGGGCAUUGGUGCAGACACUGCUUUUGCGGAAGGUCAAGUCUCUGCGCGGCGAUGAGGUGCACUUCUUGAUGGGCCCAAACUUAUGUAAGUUUGGGGUGCACGAGUUUGCCAUUAUCACUGGCCUGAGCUGCUCUUGUCCACCACUUGCCAUUUACAUUCAACCUCACAUUACUUCCUCCCGCCUAGUUGAUACAUAUUUUAGUGUGGAACCCGAGAAAGACAUUAGGUUCAGUAUGUUGGAAUGAGCUUUUAGUAUGUGCGAUGUACUGUUGGAUUUUAUGCCCUUAUAAAACCAUGUCGGACAUGUAGCACGAUUUCAUAUUAUCAAUAAAAGUAGUAGAAAUCAUUUAG